CGCCUCCCUUCCGGACGUCAUUCCCCCAUUCACGUCGAUCACCAGUCUAUCUAAACUCCGCUUUCUUCCCAUCUUUUCUUCUUUUUGGUCCCGAUUCCGAAUCCCUUCGCUAAGUUGCGAUCACGGGAAAUUUAUCUCACUCCCACUUUGUCCCCAUCUCCCCUGACACCAUGCCCGACGAGGAGCCGUCCCUGAACAUCUCCUCACUACUGACCCUCGCCGUCGUAUCUUUCUUUGUUAUCCGAUGGUUCCUUAAGCGUGACGGUGAUGCAGGUGAAGGAAGCGGCCGCAGCCGCGCGCGCGGAAAUGUCGUCGACCCAGCACAAGUCGAGCAAAUAUCUCAGAUGUUCCCUCAGUUAAGCACACGCGACAUCAUGUGGGACCUGCAGCGCAAUGGCGGGAAUGCCGCCGCAACAACCGAGCGCAUCCUGACUGGCCGAGGACUGGAGACAGCGCCACCGUCGUUUCAACCACAGGUCGCCAUCCCCCGGGCCAGCCCGCCGGUCACACAAGCUGCCUCCACCUCCGCAACAUCGAAGCCGGAAGAUCAGGAUCUGAUUUCGCGGUACAAUCUUAAUGCCAAAGUCGCCAGCGAGGGUGCCGAGACGUCUCAGUCAUCGUCCCAGUCUGGUUGGUCACAGAAUAAGGAGGAGCGUCAACGUAUACUCCAGAAGCGAAGGGACGAUAUGAUUCUGGCGGCGAGGAAGAGAAUGGAGCAGAAGGUUCGGGAGAGUGGUUAAAUCGAAAUUCAGGAUGACUUUUGGGAUAUUUUAUUUUAUUCGGUCUGUACUUGUUGUCCUUCUUAUUUUGCUUUAUUCCUUUGGGACCUCGAUUCCUGCGCAGAACCUUACAUUUCCACUCCCAUUGGCGCUGGGACGUGUAGAUUGCAACACGGCUUCUUCUUUCUCCUCUCCCCUGAACUGAUUCUGCCUUUCCACUUUGCUAUACCCGGGACUUGGCUGUCUAGUCCCCUCCGCUAUUCUUCUUUCUCGUCUCUCUUUUUCUCCCAGCGUCUGUUUCCAGCAAAGCGUUGCAUGCUUAUGGUGUUAGGUUGAACCAGAAUAUCUGAGGUUUACUAGGGAAUAUAGGUAUAUAUACAUAUAGAUUGAGAUUUUGGAGCCGAAGUGUAUAGCUCUAACCAUCAUUC